CUGUUUCAGAGCUAUUCUUGCUCGAGCUUUGGAAGUGAAACAGCAACUGAACAUAAUAAAGAAAAAAUGUCUGGUCGUGGCAAGCAAGGUGGAAAAGUCAGAGCUAAGGCAAAGACUCGCUCUUCUCGUGCUGGGCUGCAGUUUCCUGUAGGCAGAGUGCAUCGUCUUCUGCGCAAAGGGAACUACGCAGAGCGCGUCGGAGCUGGAGCGCCGGUCUACUUGGCUGCUGUGCUGGAGUACCUGACUGCUGAGAUCUUGGAGUUGGCCGGCAACGCUGCCCGGGACAACAAGAAGACCAGGAUCAUCCCUCGCCACUUGCAACUCGCCAUCCGCAACGACGAGGAGCUGAACAAGCUCCUGGGCAAAGUCACUAUCGCUCAAGGUGGAGUGUUGCCUAACAUCCAGGCUGUGCUUCUUCCCAAGAAAACCGAGAGCCACAAGGCUAAAAGCAAGUGAAGCUCUUCUCAACAAGGAAUCCCAAAAUCC